AUGGACUUCCUAGCUCUGCCCUGGCAGGUCAUCCUAGCGAUACUUAUAUAUUUCUGCGGACUGGAGAAGGCUGUGAAGUUUUCAAAUGGGCCCACUGAGUGGGGAAUGCUCUGCAACCUGAAUGCGUCAGAAUUUGAUCCAGGAAAUGUGGAAUAUCAGAGCGAAAUCAAGAACAAUGUGCCCCUUCUUUAUGGCAGUCUCGCUCAGCUGUUCAAAUCAGCUGGUGAACCUCCUACUAAUAAAUCAGUCUAUACCAAACCCUGCUGCUUUUCCGAAAAAUGGGAAUCAGGUUUCAUCGUCCACACGCGCCGUAUAGGCCGUCGUACCCGCGGAGAUCUCGGUCACUUCAGAAUUCUUAGGCGACCGGAAGGAAACCCGGAGGCGGUUUUGGUGAUUGGGCAGAGCGUACAGGCCACCAGCCUAUGCCCCGGUUAUGCUGGUGCCCGUCUCAAAACCUGUCCCACAGACCGUGCAUCUUGCCUCGAAAUCCCUCAUCUUGGAGAGCCACGAUGUAUCUCCGAAGCUACGGGAUUCCAAUAUAUGCCCAGGAGUGAUCGCACCCAAGAAGUUUGGUUUACCGACUCACGCAUAUCUACUGGUGGAAUUCAUCGCCAUAUCUAUACUUUUGACCGUCGUUAUGGGCUUUGCCAGUUGAGAACUUACCAGAUCCUAACAGGCCAGUACGUCGAUGCUAAAAGAAGUUGCCGGAUGCUGUUUCUGGAAGAUCGACUUAUCAUACCCAUAACAGGAUCAUUUAAAAUCAACUUUACACAUGCGUUAGAUCAAGAUCUUUUCAACUGUAAGACUGCUAAAUGA